AUACCACCGUGGCGCGUUAAGAGUACAUUUCGUGAAUUAAAAAUAACUUAACGUGUGUUUUAAACAAAAGUUAUUAUUAAAACUUAUGUAAUUCUAAUACGCGUGUGUUAUAAACGUCGUGGGUGUGUGUUUUUAAAUAUAAUUGUGUGUAUUGUGAUGCUGGUCUUACGGUUAACGGUAUCUGCCUGGUGAAGUUGUCUGAAUUUUAAAGCACACUUCGAUGUAGGCUGCAACGCGGAAGACGGAUGUGCAACCAUGUGUUAAUGUCGAGUCCUUUUUAACGAAGUCGCAAUAUGGCGUCGAGAUGGUCUGCCACGGUGGUCUGCGUUGCAGCUGUGUUCUUCCACGUUGGCUUCACCAACAAGCUGCCUGUUUUCCUUCAAGACAUGGACAAUUUAGCAUUAUACGAAAGUACAGCGGUAGGAGAUACUGUAUACACAUUGCAAGGAACGACCGAUCCAGAGGGUUUACCUAUUAAAUAUGGACUCGUUGGGACCGAUAAAUUUUCCGUCAACUCCUCGACUGGCGAAGUCACACUGAUACUUCCUUUAGACAGAGAGAAAGAAGAUACAAUAAAGUUCCUGGUGUCUAUUGAAAACGAGGAUCCUGUUACGAAAAAUACAUUGUAUCAAUCUCAGCCAGUCACUGUUAUUGUAUUGGAUGAAAAUGAUAACCCACCAACUUUCAAAAAUAGUCCUUAUGAAGUAGAUGUACCAGAAGACGAAGAUAUUGGAAAAACUAUUUUACGAAACAUUGAGGUUGAAGAUAUCGAUUCCGUUGGUGAUAGCUUGGAAGUUGGUUGCGUUCCUAACGAACAGUGGCCUGAAGUAUGUGACUACUUCGAAGUUGUGAGUCUCCAUUCAACCGCCAACCAGUACAAUGGCGCUUUGGUCCUCAAGAAAAAGUUGGACUACAACGAGAAACAGUUUUAUCAGUUCCAGAUAUAUGCCACGGAUGGUAGUCUCCAAUCGACGGCGCAUGUUGAAGUGAAGGUGGUAGACGUCCAGAACAGUCCGCCCGUAUUUAGUGGGUCCCUCAGUGGGGCCUUAGCUGAGGAUGCACCUGUGGGUACAGUGGCCCUGAUCAUCAAAGCCAGAGAUGCCGAUAGAGCUCAACCGAGGGACGUCAAGCUGGAACUCAUAACAAAUCCUCUUGAUUUUUUUUGGCUGGACAGCACUACGGGUGAACUAAAAACAGCUAAACCAUUGGACAGAGAAGCGCUUGCUGAUCCAUCUUCUCCACUCAAUCUAACAGUUAGGGCAAGCGAAAUUGUAAACGGCGUACCCGUAGUCUCCGAUCUGACAUCGUCUCUGGCGACGGUGACCAUCACCAUAAAGGACGUGAACGACGAGCCGCCGCGGUUCAAUCGUCGCGAGUACAGCGUGGGGCUGCCCGAGAGCCUACCGCCCGGCACGCCGCUACCCAACCUCGACAUGGUGGUCACCGACACCGAUGUGGGCUUAAACUCAGUAUUCACACUCCGCCUGUCCGACGAGAUGGGAGCAUUCGUGAUCGAACCCUCCGUGGCCACCGGCAGCGCUACCGUCACCCUGAGACUGAAUUCUAGUCUGGACUAUGAGGAUCCAAAUCAGAGGAAAUUUAUUUUGGAGGUGAUCGCGGAGGAGCUGCACACGGCGCCGCGGCUGUCGUCCAAGGCCAGCGUCACGGUGUCGCUGUGGGACGUCAACGACAACGCGCCGCAGUUCGCGGACGAGCCCUACGCCGCCGCCGUGCCCGAGGCCGCGCCGCCCGCCGCGCGCGUGGCCGCGCUGCGCGCCGCCGACCGCGACACCGGCAGAUACGGAACUGAGGGUAUAGUGUACCAACUGUCCGGUAACGGUGCAGAACUGUUCCAUGUGGACAACCGCAGCGGAGUGAUAACAGUCGCCGCCUGUCCCACGCCGGGUCGGCCUCCCUGUCUCGACUACGAGACCAGGAGAGACUAUUUCUUACAGUAUAAGGCAACAGAUGAUGACGGAGCGGGACAGAUGACAGUUGUAUCUCUUCAAAUAUCCCUCACUGAUUCCAACGAUAAUCCACCAGUUUUCAUCACACCGGUUUACAAAGCAUCAAUAGACGAGGAUGCCGUGAAAUUUGAACCCGAGUUAAUUGUGCAAGCGAGGGAUAUCGACACUACAUCUGACAUUCGGUACUCAAUAGCCUACCCUCCGAACUCUCCGUUCUGGAUCGAACCCAUCACUGGCAGGAUAUCAGUGCUAGGUCACGCUGUACUAAACUCCACUGAAGAUAAUCGGAUUGUUCUUACUGUUUUGGCCACAGACGGAGUGCACAAUUCAACGUGUAAGGUUGAAAUCACAAUUCGAGAUGUCAACAAUCAUGCGCCAUCUUUCGAUACUGAUAAAUAUGAUGCGAAUAUCGCUGAAGAUGCCGCUGUUGGUACUGAAGUGGCUGCGGUCCGGGCGACAGAUUUGGAUAGUGGGGUAAACGCGGAGAUCAAGUACGGCAUCCAGAAAGGAGCACUGGACUCUUUCGUCGUGGACAACGUAACAGGCGUCGUCACCGUGGCGUCCAAGCUGGACUUCGAUCGGAAGAACACGUAUCGGAUACAAAUUGUUGCCACUGAUAUGGGUAUACCGAGUCUAACCGGAACAACGGAACUCACGAUUCAUGUUAUCAACGUGAACGACAAAAAGCCCUCUUUCACUCCUCCCGUCCAGAGAGCAGAGGUGUCCGCUGACGCUGAGGUCGGCACCCUCCUGCACAACCUCAUCGCUGUGGAUCCGGAUAUCACCGACAACGGACAGUUGCUGUACGAGUUGGCCACGGAUAGGGUGAUACGAGCCGUGGAUAAAAAUGGGAAAGAGGUAACCGAGGAAGGUAUAUUCGGCUCGUGGUUCUCCGUGCAGCCCAACGGCAGCGUCGCCGUGUCGCAGGGCCUGGACCGCGCCCGCGCGGCCGUCGUCACGCUGCCCGUCGCCGUCACCGAUGCUUCUGCGCCCACGCUGCAGAGGACUGAUGGAGAAUUAAUAAUAAACAUAGUUGAUGUCAAUCGUCACGCUCCUGUCUUCGGCCAGCCAGCUUACGUAGAGCGAAUACUGGAAGAGCAGCCCGUGGGUACCGUGCUCAACACGUACACGGCGACUGACCGGGAGACGCCGAUCGCCGCUAUUGUCAUACACCCACCGAGUCCGUACUUUGAAAUCGAUAAUGUCACUGGAGUAGUCAAAACAUCCCAGCGCAUCGAUUACGAGAAAAUCCAUUCAAUAAACUUUACCCUCGUCGCGUAUGACUCCGGUGUACCUCAGCUGUCAACAUCCGCUGGUGUUCUGGUAGAGGUCGUGAAUGUGAACGACGAGGAGCCGAAGUUCACAAACUCUACGUACAGCGCAGUGUUGGAGGAACACGCGAAAGCUCAUACCAGCGUCCUUACCGUGUCUGCUGUUGACAAGGAUGAAGGUGAAUUCGGCGAGGUGACGUACAGCCUGUCGGGCGAGUCGUCGUCGCUGUUCAGCAUCGACCCGCUGUCGGGCGUGGUGUCGGUGGCGGCGGACGUGGACCGCGAGGUGACGCCCGAGCUGUGGCUGCGCGCCGUGGCCGCCGACAGCGCGCCCCCGCCCCUGCGCAAGUCCGCCAGCGUGCCGAUACACAUAACGGUUCUGGACAUCAACGACAAUCCCCCGGUCUUCACUCAGAAAGUAUACAAGAGUACCAUUGCCGAGAACUUGCAGCUCGACCCCCCCGCCGCGAUACUCCAGGUCCUCGCCGAGGACAAAGACGUGGGGAUCAACGGGAAAGUUGAAUAUAGCAUAUUAGAACAAACCGAACCAGGAGCGUUCACGGUGGACCCGAGCAGCGGCAUCAUCUACCCCGCGCGCGCGGUGGCGGGCGGCGCGCGGCACGCGCUGGCCGUGCGCGCGCGCGACGCGGGCGGCCGCGGGCUGGCCGACGCGGCGCGCGUCGACAUCUCCGUGCUGCGCGUCAACCGCCACAGCCCCGCCUUCGUGGCGCCGCCCGCCGAGCGCCCGCUCGAGAUACCCGAGCACGCAGCGCAGGCCGAUUACCUUGUAACAACAGUGAAAGCCAUAGACGAAGAUCCUGGAGAGAACGGACAAGUUUCCUACUAUCUGAAAGUGGAUAAUCAGAAUGUUGGUGAAACUCAAGAAUUCAGUCUCGACCAAAAUACCGGUGAACUUAAGACCAAAACUUUCUUAGAUAGAGAACAACAGGCUGAGUAUCAGUUGGUAAUCGCAGCGGUAGAUAAUGGUAAGCCAGCUCAAUUUGAAACAUUGCGUCUUCUAACAGUGGUGCUGGUAGACGAUGAAGAUCACGCACCACGGUUUCUUCAUCGCCACCACCAAUUUUCAGUAAAAGAAAAUCUACCUUCUGGGAUAAUCGUUGGAAGUGUCAAAGCAAUCGACAAAGAUUCGGGUGAUAACGGAAAGGUAUACUAUCAUGUACUGGAAGGAAAUCAGGAUGGAAGCUUCAUACUUGACAGGACACAGGGAAUCAUUCGAGCUAAUAUGACAUUCGACAGAGAAAUAGAAGACGAGUAUUCGAUGACAAUAUAUGCCAGCAACAAUCCAAUACUAGAGCAUGCGGCCGCCAUCUUGAACUCCAUAGACAACAGCACAGACAGCCAAGACAUCAGUGUGACCACCGUCAAAAUUAAGAUAUUAGAUGAAAAUGACAACGAGCCGAAAUUCCAACAAAAAAUAUAUUAUGCUGGUGUAAAGCACACGGCUCGCGUCAACGAGCCCAUCAUAUCCAUCGUGGCCGAGGACCCCGACCUCGACGAGAAUGGAACUCUGAUCUACAUGGUGGCCGCCUCCAACCUGUACAAGUUCGGCGCCUCCCAGUCCACUGGCAGCGUGGUGCCUUCGCCGUUUAACGUUAGCCAGGAUGGUAUCCUCACGACGGCUAACUACAUGUCCGAGUACAACAACGAUCGUUUCGUGCUGGAUGUUAUCGCACAGGAACUUGCUCCGCCGCACAGACAAGCAAAGGCCCAGGUUUAUCUCUGGAUUAUCGAUCGAUCAUCACUCAUCCGUAUGGUAGUUUCUCGAGGGUGUUCUGCUCCAGUGGAAGGGGUACAAAAGAAGCUAGCUGACGCCGGACAAGCUUUGCUGGUCGCUGGUAGAAGGUUACCACUGGUGCAAGCGGAUAGGCGGUAUGAUGACUGGUGUGAGAUCCACUUACAUGCAGUAGACCCGGAGUCGUAUCAAGUGUUACCGGUUGACAAAGUUCUGGAAACUAUCGACUCGAAGUACGAUCAGCUUAAAGACGUGUAUCAGCAGUUUGGUGUCGAGACUCUUAUUGCUGCCAGUGCUACUUCGAAAGCACCGGACAGCUUCGAUCCAGCUCUGGCGACGCUGAUAGCUCUUCUAAUUGUGUUGUUCACGGGGAUCGUGACAUUCAUAGUCGUUUGCGCCUGCCUUAAGCAUUGGGCGCCUUAUUCCAGGGUGAUACCACCUCCAUCGCUUCAGUCGAGCAAAGGCGACAGUCUAGCGAGGCGGCGGAUAUUAGAAGAGUUGAGUACGACUGAGAACCCGCUGUGGCUGGAGACGAAGCUGAGACCUUACGAAGAGCAGGAGCUGACAAUGAAUGUCUUCGGCGAUCAAAAUGAACAGAAUGCGGAACAGCCUCCUUUGGUCGACAACACGUACGCCACCAUCGCGGGCGGGCGCGGCGACUACGCCACGCUGGCCGGAGACUCGCCCACGCCGCUCGAGGCCGCGCUCGGCUUCCAGGGCAGCACAUUCAAGCCGCCGUCUCCUGACACGCCGGAGCCACCGCCGAGGCCGGCCGGUCUUGGACCACUGUCAUGAUCGUACACUAAAAUAGGAGCUUAGAAAAAUGUAUCGUAACGUCAUGUAAAUAAUGAUUCAAUUUAAAUAACGCAUGUUGGCAACGUAUUAAUUUAUUAAGAUUCGUAUGAUAAAUUGAACUAGUGUAAAUCUUAUUAUUUUUUUCAUAUCCACUAUGAUUAACUUGUAGUUAAGCUCUCCAAUAUAUGUAAACGGAUCUUUGGCUUAAGAUAUGAGGAACUUUAGCUACGCGUGUUCUAAAUAAUCAUACCCAGUCGGCCAUCUUAGAUCGCGCGUAUUAUACCUGUAUUUAAAAAAAAAAAA